AAAAAAAACAAAAACUGUAAUUCUCGUUUGUGGUUAGCGUUCGGCGUUUGGAAUCUAUAUUGUGUGAGAUUAUGGCUGGAAAAGGCGAAGGUCCGGCGAUUGGAAUCGAUCUGGGAACGACGUACUCAUGCGUCGGUGUUUGGCAGCAUGAUCGUGUUGAGAUCAUAGCCAACGAUCAGGGUAACAGGACAACACCUUCCUAUGUGGCUUUCACUGACACGGAGAGGUUGAUCGGAGAUGCCGCCAAGAACCAGGUGGCUAUGAACCCUACCAACACCGUCUUCGAUGCGAAGCGUUUGAUUGGAAGAAGAUUUAGCGAUGCAUCGGUGCAGAGCGACAUGAAACUGUGGCCGUUCAAGGUGAUUCCAGGUCCUGGCGACAAACCCAUGAUCGUGGUGAACUACAAGGGCGAGGAAAAGCAAUUCUCCGCUGAGGAAAUCUCCUCCAUGGUUCUCAUGAAGAUGAAGGAGAUUGCAGAAGCUUACCUAGGCUCCACCAUCAAGAAUGCCGUGGUCACUGUCCCUGCUUACUUCAAUGACUCCCAACGUCAGGCUACAAAAGAUGCCGGCGUCAUCUCUGGCCUCAAUGUCAUGCGUAUCAUCAAUGAGCCUACUGCUGCCGCCAUUGCUUAUGGCCUUGACAAGAAAGCUGGAAGCAGCGGCGAGAAGAAUGUUUUAAUCUUUGAUCUUGGUGGCGGUACUUUUGAUGUUUCGUUGCUUACAAUUGAAGAGGGUAUUUUUGAGGUGAAGGCUACAGCUGGAGAUACUCACUUGGGUGGUGAGGAUUUUGAUAACAGGAUGGUGAACCAUUUUGUCCAAGAGUUCAAGAGAAAGAACAAGAAAGACAUUAGUGGGAAUGCCAGGGCUCUUAGGAGAUUGAGAACUGCUUGUGAGAGGGCAAAGAGGACACUUUCUUCCACUGCCCAAACUACCAUUGAGAUUGAUUCUUUGUAUGAGGGUAUUGAUUUUUACACCACCAUCACCCGUGCUAGGUUUGAGGAGCUGAACAUGGAUCUCUUCAGGAAGUGCAUGGAACCUGUUGAGAAGUGUCUGAGGGAUGCUAAGAUGGAUAAGAGUAGUGUCCAUGAUGUUGUUCUGGUGGGUGGCUCUACUAGAAUUCCGAAAGUUCAGCAAUUGUUGCAGGACUUCUUCAACGGGAAGGAGCUUUGCAAGAGCAUCAACCCAGAUGAGGCCGUUGCAUAUGGUGCUGCCGUUCAGGCUGCCAUUCUCAGUGGCGAAGGCAACGAGAAAGUGCAGGAUCUCUUGUUGUUGGAUGUCACCCCUCUCUCCCUUGGUUUGGAGACUGCAGGAGGUGUCAUGACGGUGUUAAUUCCCAGGAACACCACCAUUCCCACCAAGAAGGAACAGGUGUUCUCAACUUACUCUGAUAACCAACCUGGUGUUCUGAUUCAGGUUUACGAGGGUGAAAGAACAAGGACCCGUGAUAACAAUUUGCUUGGCAAGUUUGAGUUGUCUGGUAUACCUCCUGCUCCUAGGGGUGUGCCACAGAUUAACGUCUGCUUUGACAUUGACGCCAAUGGCAUUUUGAAUGUGUCUGCGGAGGACAAGACUACCGGGCAGAAGAAUAAGAUCACAAUCACAAAUGACAAGGGUAGGUUAUCCAAGGAAGAGAUUGAGAAGAUGGUGCAGGAAGCAGAGAAGUACAAGGCAGAGGAUGAGGAACACAAGAAGAAAGUGGAGGCCAAGAAUGCGCUAGAGAAUUAUGCCUACAACAUGAGGAACACUAUCAAAGAUGACAAGAUUGCUUCCAAGCUUUCUGCUGAUGACAAGAAGAAAAUUGAAGAUGCAGUUGAGGAAGCUAUCCAGUGGCUCGAAGGAAACCAACUUGCUGAGGCUGAUGAGUUUGAGGACAAGAUGAAGGAGUUGGAGAACCUUUGCAACCCCAUCAUUGCUAGGAUGUACCAAGGUGCCGGAGGUGAACCUGGUGGGUCUAUGGAUGAGGAUGGUCCUGCCGCGGGCAGCGGAAGCGGUGCCGGCCCCAAAAUUGAGGAAGUCGAUUAAGCAACAAACACUGCCAUGGUGGUCCCGGAUUUUGUCAAAAGACUUUUGUUUACAUUGAUGUUUAUGUUUGUGUUUUAAAAAUUUGAGACUUACUUUUCUGAAGUCUAGUAGUGUACUAUUUACUUUUAUUUGAUGAAUAUAAUAUAGUGUUUUUGGGUUUA